UUUUGAAACCCCACCCUCUCUGCUGACUGUAAGCGCAGACUUAGCGGUGGUUCGGGCUGUGAACCGAGGAAGAGGAGCGCGUUUCAGAACUUACCAUGGAGGUGUUGCGCUAUUUGGACAACGACUGGAACAGCACCGAACCGGAACAGGCCACCAUCUGAAAACUCCUGCAGGAACUUCAGGGGGUUUGUUUGUUUUCUCUGCGUGUUUCUCCCCUCUGAAAGUAAAGCCGAGCAGGUUUGGAGAGCUCUUCCUGUUCCACAGUAAUCGGCGGUUUGUAAUUUGCUGCUGUUUUUCGUGUUGUUAUGAGAAUAAAAUUCGCCUCUCCGUGCGCUCCUCUCAUCACCGUGUGCAUGGAUACUCUGGCGCAAUGGGAUGCGGGAUUUCCUGCGGGAGCGACGCAAACUUGCCGUCGGUUAUUGGACGUUUGGGCUCAAUAAUGCGAACUGGUCAGCGCUGAAACUUGUCGUAAAACACUGGUUGGCUGGACUGAAUACUCCUUUCCUGCUAUUCUUCUCUGCUUCUCAGCGCUUCCUGCUUGUGGUGGCCACUGCACUUAAUGGCUAAAAAUACAUAAAAACCCAAAAUGGACAGCUAAAAGUGUUGUGGGAGACUUGAUUUUGGAGCUCAUGGAGUUUUAUUUAUUUUUUUUUAAAGAUUAUUCUGCUCUUUAAAAUCAGAACUCAAUAGGUGGCACUUUUGAAUGAGGGCAGAGAGGAGCUCAUUUGGCCAUAAUGAGGUGAUUGGAGAGCCUCUUAAAUACAGGCCGGUGAAAUGAUAUUGUGCUCAAAGCAUGUGUUGGGAAACCACACACCACAUCACUUGAGCGGAGAGAAAUCCAGUGGAGUCGGUGCUGUCUUUCUGAGCUUUCUGAACUAAAGAUUCUGUGAAUGGAGAGCUUGGGAUCGAACUUGGAGACGAAUGCAAGACACCUGGUUCGUCUGUGAACCCUCGCACUUGUUGGUCCAACCUUUGAACACUUUCCACUGGUCCCUGAUGAGCCACCAAGAAAGACAGGAAAGGGAGCGAGGUGCAAUAAAGUACUCCUUUGUACUUUAUUUUCAAACCCUUGGGGUGCAAAAUCAGAUCCAGUCAAAACAUCUGCUUGAGGCUCCAUGGAGCCGCUGAAGAACAUAUUCAGUCGUGGCCCGCUGUCCAACUGGAAGAAUUUGGAACAAUCACAAAAAGGGAACUUCACCAACCCCGUGUGGACGGCCUUGUUCGACUAUGAGGCGUCCUGUAAGGAUGAGCUCACUUUGCGUAAAGGUGACCUGGUGGAGGUCCUGUCUCUGGACUCCGAGAUAUCUGGGGACGAGGGCUGGUGGGCCGGGAAGGUCAACAACAAGGUGGGCAUCUUCCCGUCCAACUACGGCUCCUUCAAGCCCAGCGGAUACGGGAAGCUUCCGGGCAGCGGUGUGGUCGGCGAGCUCAGCCCGGCCGUGGUGGGCGAGUUCGAACCCGAGGCCGUGGAUUUCCGGGAGCUCAGCCUGGAGGAGGUCAUUGGGGUCGGCGGCUUCGGGAAGGUGUAUCGCGGUACGUGGAGAGGCGGGCUGGUGGCGGUGAAGGCCGCCCGGCAGGACCCCGACGAGGACAUCAGCGUGACGGCGCAGAACGUGAGGCAGGAGGCGCGUCUGUUCGCCAUGCUCACCCACCCCAACAUCAUCGCCCUGAAGGGGGUCUGCCUGCAGGAGCCCAACCUGUGCCUCAUCAUGGAGUACGCCUCGGGUGGGCCGCUGAGCCGGGCGCUGGCCGGCCGUCGCAUCCCGCCGCACGUCCUCGUCAACUGGGCCGUGCAGAUCGCCAGGGGGAUGUUGUACCUGCACAGCGAGGCCAUCGUCCCCGUCAUCCACCGGGAUCUCAAGUCAAACAACAUCCUUCUGGCUCAGCCCAUAGAGAAUGAAUGUAUGGAGGGUUUGACGCUGAAGAUUACCGACUUCGGCCUGGCCAGAGAGUGGCACAAGACCACGAAGAUGAGCACCGCUGGCACCUACGCCUGGAUGGCCCCCGAGGUCAUCAAGUCGUCCACCUUCUCCAAAGGCAGCGACGUCUGGAGCUACGGCGUUCUGCUGUGGGAGCUGCUAACAGGAGAGGCCCCCUACAAAGGGAUCGAUGGACUUGCCGUCGCCUACGGAGUCGCCGUCAACAAGCUCACCCUCCCCAUCCCCUCCACGUGCCCCGACCCCUUCGCCCAGCUCAUGUCAGAGUGUUGGGACCAGGACCCCCACCGCAGGCCCAAUUUCAGCUCCAUCCUGGCCCAGCUGACGGCGCUGGAGCAGCAGGUGAAGGAAGAGAUGCCGCAGGACUCCUUCCACUCCCUGCAGGAAGACUGGAAACUGGAGAUCCAGGACAUGUUCGAUGAACUCCGGGCCAAAGAGAAGGAGCUGCGAUGCCGCGAGGAGGAGCUGAAGCGAGCGGCUCUGGAGCAGAAGUCCCACGAAGAGUUCCUGCGACAGCGCGAGCAGCAGCUGGCCCAGUGGGAGCAGGACGUGUUCGAACGCGAGCUCAGCCUCCUCAUCCUGCACCUGAACCAGAACCAGGAGAAGCCCAACGUCAAGAAGAGGAAGGGCACGUUCAAGAAGCACAAGCUCAAGAGCAAGAAUGGCGAGAAGAUCAGCAUGCCCCAAGGGUUCAUCCAUAAGAUCACGGUGCAGGCGUCCCCAGGCCUGGAGAAGAGGCGGAACUCUCCCGAUCUGGGUUCGGGCUCCUCGCCUUCCUUCGGCCCACGUUUUCGUGCGAUCCAACUCAGCCCCAGUGACAACAGCAGGACGUUUGGUCUGAGCCCAGUCUGGCCCCUGGAGGCCCCUUCUCUUAAACAAGCCAAUGGAGACCUGAGGUUGAGCACCCACUGGAGGCCCCAGAGCCCAAAAAGUCCCAAAAGCCCCAAAGUCCUGCGCCUCAGUCCGCAGGAAAGCAGUCUGUCGAUGCGAGCCAAGCUCCUGGAGUCAGACAGUAAUGAGAACGGAGAGUCCAAGGAUGACUUUGAGGAGUACCGACCCUCCACGCCGACCCCUCCCUCUGCUCAGAACGGCUCCUCAGUGAAGGACAGCCUGCGGCUUCCUCUACCUCAGGGAGACUCUGGCAGCGAGGAAGGGGGUUCCUCCCCGGCUGGCUCCCCAAGGCCCGAGAGGGGUUCUCUCGGUGGCCUGAUUAAGAGCACCCACCGGGCCCUGCUGGACGGCGGCUCCCUCCUGGCCUCCGUAGGACUAGGUCGCUGCCUGGAUAUUCCCCCAAGGGUGCCCCCUCGAACUAACCCCCCUUCCUUUGAUGACCGCACCCACUCCGAACUUGAGAUCUCCCUCCCUAAGCCCCUCAUUUCAGACCCCCCAGUAGUGGACGAUCUCAUCACUUUCUCCACCUCUGAGCCUCUACCCAGACCGCUGUUGGAUUUAGCUCUGCAGUACCAAGAACUGAAGCCUUUGCCCCUGACGCCGCCUCCGCCGAACCCCCGCGAGAGGAGCGGGCAUCGGACGCCGCAAACGCCGCACAGUCCCCAGAGUCCCAGGACCCCUUUGCGGCACGACAGGCCCAGCUUGGGCGAAUGGACCCCCAGUUCUAAUUCCACCAACGGGGAGCUGAGCAGUGAAUCCUGGGAGCACAGAGCUGACAGGAGGAGGAGGUCCAGCCAAGGUCUGCACACUUCUCAGCUAGUUUUGGACCUGCCCUUGUGCCAAGACAUGCAGGACUCUGAGGACAAGCCAUCAGUGCCCUAUUCUCUCCACCCCAAUCCUGCCCUUUUGAGCCCCAAAACCCGCCGCCUGGAGGUCAGUGUCAUUCCUCGGCCUCGCCCAUCCCCCAUCCGACCCCGCAUCGACCCCUGGAGCUUCAUCUCGGCUGGCGGCGGGAACUCAGGUGGUGGCCGCAGCCCGAACCGCUCAGACAGCAACCUUCUGUGCUAUCAGCCGUCGCCUACCAACCCGUUUACCAACUGUGACCCUUUCCCCUCCCCGGACUGCGACCCGUUCGCCCUCAAGGCCGACCCCUCGAGCAGCUCGGACGGCGCCUCCCCCUUCGACCCUUUCUCGGCUCCCUUUCCCACCUCUCGCUCCGCCCCGUGCUCCACCAACGGCUCGCCCACGCUGCCCUCGUUCCGCAUAGCACCCAUCAACCCGGCCGACUCACCUCUCAUUGACCUCGGCUGGGCGGCCUGCAGCAAGCCCCUGGAUGGCACCAAAGAGAAGGCUCACCCCCGGAGGAUACUGGGGCUCAAGCCCUUCAAGUCCCCGACGCAACUCAGAGACGACAGGUUUUAAACCCAGCCUUUCCUGUGGCAUGUGACCCAUUUCAUUAAUGGAUGCUAAGAACUGCGAUUUAUUUUUUUUUUAAUCAAAGGAACACAGUCCAGGACCUUUUUCCCACUACAAUGUCCGACAUCGUAACACGGAUUUGGAACGCACACUCACCAAUCAACCCGCUGAGGGAGGUUUAUCGCAGGCAUCGCAGGUCUUGUGUUUACAUCAGCCUGCCGCUUUGGAAACCAGAAAGCCAGUGAAAGGAGGUACAUUGAAUGGUGGGAUAGCCGCCUGUGAACCAAUAGCUGGUGCCCAUUUCGUCCUUUCCCUCUAUCUCUGUUUCUCGAUCCCUUUGAAGGAGCGGAACACAGAUCACUAGUCCCAUCUUCAGAUUCUAUCAGACUGCUCGUAUCACCCGCUUUCAUCUCCCCUCCCCUACCCUUGAAGCAUUGUGACAAUGCAGAGGUGGAUAAGGCGACUUGCACAGCUUCAUCUGCCUCUACCUCUCUACAGACUGAAAGCAUUCAGGACAAUGGAAAAUUGGAGUGCCUUAUUUCGUGAAGUGUUUUUAAUAUAUAUCUUUUCAAGGUUCCUUCAAUGGUUAAUCUGGUGCGUAGGGAAGAUGCUAUGAAUUUGGCUUAAAUUUGCAAAUCAGCUUAGCGUUGCGGUGUAAGAAGACGUCGUCUGUGUGUGCGUGCGCGUGUGCAUGUUUGUCUAGACUCAUUGUUCAAGGAAAGCUUACUGUGUUUUUGUGUUUUUCUUUUUGAAACUGCGUCUGCCUGUUGCAUUGUGGGAGAAAAAGCACUCAGAGUGGAUAUUCUAGGCCGCUGGUGAAAUCCAAGACAAAACCAUGACCCAGGCAUUCCACUUGGAAGCAGAUAACAUUCCAGUCACAUUCCCCGGGAAAUGCCAGGGAUUGGACAGAAUCAUUCGGCUGGCAGGCGACACAGCACAGGAAACAAGACUGGGGAGCCCUCUGCAUUCCCUUCAUAUGCCAAAGAAUGCCACUGCGACAGUGUAAGGGCUGGGACAAAGGGUAUUUGCAAAUAAGUUGUUUUUACCUCCAUUGAGUGCCAGACCAGUGUGGUUGGGGGGGUUUGCACACACAGGACAGCACAGAGACAGUUGAGACAAUCACAGAUGGUGUUUAAACAGAACUCCUCUGCUAUCAACUACUUAAAUACUAUCCAUACUGUCUUAUCACCACCUGCAUGUUGCUGUCGGAAGGUUCAGCCAAGUACUUAGGUAUGGAAGCAUCAGUGAGACUUCAUUUGUCUUUCAAAGUUAUCACACAAUUUCAGUUUACAUUUCUUUCCCCGACAGAACAAAUGCACCACUUUCCAGGCUUUUCAUUAGUCCCUUCUUCCCUGCAAUAUCUCCCGAACCAAAUUUACUUUCCAAAUAAAUACAAUCCAGAAAGAAGCCCCACUAACACCUGACGACAAAGACAUUUUGAGCUUGGAGACAGUUUAGCAUAGGUUUGUGGAAAUCAGGGGCAAACAGCGAAUCCAGCUUUUCAAAGAAUCAAAAAAAAAAAAAAACAAUCCACAAGCCAGCAUCUCUGAAGGUCACUCAUUAACACGCCACAUUUGUUGUUUAAUUGCAGUAAUUUCUGGUCAGUCGUGGUCGUCACUAUGAGGUUGCCAGGCAACUAGUUGAGGCUCUCGGAAGCUACUGCUCCCCCCCACUGUAAACAACAACUCAGUGCUUUUAUUAUGAAGCUUUAGUGCAGAUUAAACUAAAGAGACAUGAUGUGCUAAUUAAUAAGCUUUAGAGGCGCUAGUGGGUUCAUCUGGACAGAGUGGUAUUGAUCUUCUCAUCUAACUCUUAAGAUAAUACUAGGGCUGGCCCUAAUAGAAAUUUCUAGGCUCUGGAUAUUUGGGCCCAAUUAAUGAUGAAUAUCCGAAUAUUCGGGGGGGAGGAAGGGAAAGGAAGGGAGAAAUAAGAUAUAGUAAUGACAAACGAAGAAACACGAAGGGACGAGCCAAAUAUUUGGAUCGUCUGGGGGAGGGGAGGCCUGGCAUGGGAAUCCAAGUAUUCGGAUCUCAAAAUUAAUAUUCAGAUCCCACCGUAAUGACCGGAUAUUUGGGUCCAGUCCUAGAUAAUACGCCUAUUUCCCAAAUUGUCCAGCUAUUUCUUAAAAGUUAUGACAUUUGCUGUGCAAGACGAGACCAGCAGUAGCACCCUUCGCCUUUUUUUUCCUUCAGUUUGCUUAAAAGAUCCUGUAGGUUCCUGUGGAAAACUGCAACACAGAAUUACAUCCAACCAGAAUGCACUGCAGCAAUCAAGAUCAUUCUACAUGCUAAAUAUAACAUGUCCAGGCACUUUCUCAGGGUUAUUUUUUUUUCUGAAAUCGUCUUGGGAAAUGCAUAGUGUGAGGCAGGUGGAGGUGCAGCAGUGAAUAACUCCUGAAGUAGUAUUCAAGGGUGUUUUUUUUCAACCAUCUGAUCCAGUCCAUUAACAUAACAAGUGUAGGUCAAGCUUGCAAGCAGCUGAAAGAGACCCACUGACUCAUGGCACAAAACUGGUCCCGCCAACCUCGGCUUUUCUCAGACGCCACGACGUACAAAUACCGAUCGGCUUCAUCGCUGACACCGUGUCAUCGGAAGACAAUGCCGGCUUUGUUCUGCCGAGGAGUGAAAGCCUCGUCUCCAAAGGGGGAAAGCUUUGUGAUUAGCCUAAUAAUCCUGCUGACGAACAGAGGAAGCUGAUAGUGAUAAUUAGCCUCUUGAUAAGAGCAGGGAGCAUUAACAAAGCCUUCAGAUAUUUGGUUAAUUAAUUUGCCCCCGACGUUACAAAAAAUACCCCGCAUACUCCAGGCAAGGUAUUGAGUCGCCUCCUGCACCAGCUUACAUCUAGAUUUAAGCCGUGGCCUUUUUCGUGUUUCAAAGAGCUGUCUGUCCUCGCCUCUUUUCCUCUCCGUCGCCGCUGGCUACGGCUGCUGACUGGACUUCUUUUUCAUCUUCAUUGUCAAGGCUCACCUUUUUCUGCCUUCUUGCCCCUCAGGUGAUGUGGGGAGAUAGUUUUCUUUAAUUCAUUUUGUUCUUACUUCCCUCCCUGCUUCGCUGCCAAGUUUUCUUGAGGGCAGUUGUGUCCUGACACUGCAGAGCGUUCGGGUCGGGUUUUCUACGAGCAGGGAAAAGAAAUGGCAUUUGUUCUAGGACAGAGUACAUUUACAGAGGAGUGCUCAUUUUUAUCAAGGCAAUUUUGUUUGAAAUUUGGAACAGGAGUUUUGUUGUGUUGCAUUAAUGUGUGCAGCAGCAACAAAGAGACAGAGUUUGGAGAUUCUCAUUCUAAUUUGUCCUCAAAUUAUCUAGUUUGUCCACAUCUGAAGGCAAAAGUUUUGUAGCCAUUCUGUAGGGCAUCGACUUCAGGAAGGAGUGAAAAGCUUGCCGUCAAUUCAUAUAAAUGGGCAUCGCACACUGUGACUCUUCUAGAAAGCCUCAAGCAAGCAUUUACCUAGUAUUGCAAUUUGAAACCGAUAGAAGUGGUUGUGUCAAGAAGGAGAAAAGGGAGCUUGAGAGAGUUCAAACACUGCCUACUGUCACACCUCCGCACACCUGGCAAUUGCUGAGGAAAGUAGGAGUGAAUGUCAAAUUGUCUGCUUUAAAAAGGUACAAAAAUUGUCGUAUAAAUCCCUUUGGAUAUGCAGAAAAAAAGUGGGAUCUGAAUCUGUGAGAAACAUUUCUUCUGAACGCCUUAAACUUGAGGAUCUGCUUGAUUUUUAUCGAAGCUUAUGCACAGAAAAGCAGCAACUGUCUACGUCAGGGAUGUCAAACUCAUUUUAGUUCAGGGGCCACAUUCAGUCUAAUGUGAUCUCAAAUGGGCCAAAACAGUAAAAUCUAAGCAUAAUAAUCUAUAAAUACCCACAACUCCAAAUUUUUCCUUCAGUGCAAAAAAGUACAUUCUGAAAAUGUUCAUAUUUAAGGAAUUCUGUUUUUAAAAAACAUGAACAGCCUGAAAUUUGUUAAGAGAAAUAAGUUCAAUUUCAACAACAUUAAGUCUCAAUUUAUCAUUUACACGUUAUAACUUCCAGUGUCUCCAAAGGAACAAAACAUUUAGUCUCAGGUAUCUGAAACAAACAAUAUAUUUUACUUUAUGAUCAAAAAAAGACAAAAAACUGCAAAAACAAGACAAAAUACUACAAAAAUGAGACAAAAAAUGACCAAAAAAGAAACACGACAAAAACAACACACAAAACAACAAAUAAAGCAAAAUACAAGUGAGACAAAAAGGAAACAAAAUGACGAAAACAUGAGAGAAACCACAAAAGUGUGACAAAAAAAGACAAAAAACAAGAAGACAAAAUUUUAAAAAAAUUAGACCAAAUGACACAAGAACAAUGAGGAAUCUAGUGUUUUACUUAAUGAUCAAAACAGCUGGUCUAGAAAUUAUUUAAAAUUUUCAGUUUUACAAAUUUACAAUUUGCAGUUGAUGUUUUUUCUGUAACUUUUACACUUUGAAAAGUCGUCCCACGGACCGGACUGGACCCUCUGGCCACUUUUGGCCUGCGGGCCGCAUUUUUGACACCCCUGGUCUAUGUGGUUUGCAUGUACCUGGAUAUCUGACUCAUGAGGGGAAGAAAGAGUCCAUCCAAUGCUCUGAACAAACAGGUAAAACACACAGGCCACCACUCUGAAUCUGACAGGAUCAUCCCAAAACGGGAAUUUUGCUCGUCUAGAGCUUUAAUGUUCACCUCUGGCCCGAUUGAACGGCUCACCUGCCAUUACCUGGACAUGAGCGCGAUGGAUGUUCUUUGUGGCGAGCAAACCUAAGAGGUUUAAUAUAGAACUUGUCUCUCUCGGCAGCCUUCCCCACCUUCCUCCCCUCUCUUAUCCCCACCACCGACAUUUUACAGACAUGACAAGUGAUGAGUUAUUGCCUCGUCUCUUCGUGUCAACACACAAAGCCACGAGAGCUACCUUCUGAUAGUCGUUCCGCUUGGGUAGCUGUUAUUGUCAACACAGCUCUGUGAGCAAACAAAGAAAAAGACACACGAAGGAAACUGAGAUGAUUGAAAUGUCUGGCAGAUUAUUUCUGUCACAGAUUCCCUCUGUGUGUCAAGUAUCCUCUUCAACCUGCCACUCAUGUCUUGUCUGUGUGUUCUCUCAGUGCUCGACUUUAAUUUUCCCUCAGACCUGAUGUCGAAAAGCACAUUUUGUAAUUGACGACAUGAACUAUCACUUUCAAUAACAGGAGUUACUGUGUUUUCCACAAAUAAUUACGUUAUUAACUGUAGUCGGAGUGGGAAUGUUUGCCCCCUCUGGUAAUAACUUCUGGAAGUAGUUCAUCUGAGGUGGUGAGAAACCUCCAUCCUAUAAAAAGACCCAAGAAAAUAGGUCAGAAUACUUAAAAUACCUGCUUGCAUAAACAAAACACCCCAACCUCAUCUAUUAAAGUGUAAUCUGAAUCUGAAAAGUGUGUAGUUUGCCAGCUGAGGAGAUAAACACAUUUUUAGGAAGCACUUUGUGGACCGGGAUGUCCAAUUCUUGAUUUCGCCUGUCAGAUUUAGGAACCAUAGCUGCCAUUUGUCUGCCGGACCUGGCAGCCGGCGCUCCAAUAAGAAAGUCCUGAUGAGUUGCUCGUGUCGCCGUGCUCUUCCAGGCGUCGCCCCGUCCGUCACUGCAAAUCACUGUCCUGAGAACAAACUGACAAGACGAGUGGAACCGAAUGCUCUCAAGGCGAGACCGAUAUCUGGCCACCGGUGACAGGGAGCAGACGUGAUUUGAUGAUCUUAAUUCAAAGUUCAAGCUCACACCGUUGCCCCCUAAUCAGUAAAUAGCAAACGGUCAAUACACUACAUGAAUAAAUUCUAAUCAGACUGCACAAUGGAGAAAUCCAAGGCCUUGACCCUCAUCAUGCCAAGAGGCUAUUUAUGAGUGGUGGUUGUGUUUUAGAAUACCAGAGGGGGGAAAUCAGAGCAAUUACACAGAAUAAUAAAAUAAAAAUGAUGUAAAUCGAGGUGCAGUGUGUGAUUGUGACAACACGGUGGCAAGUGUUGCUGGUGAAAGGCUGAAUCUUUUUACUGCACAGCCUUCUGGGUAAACUAACCCAGCUCUGGAAUAGAAACAUUUUUCUCCUUGGAGCUGCUGUAAUGGUGAACUUUCCCCACUGUGGGAUCAAUAAAGUUUAUCUUAUCUGAACCUUGGUUACUGGGGAGAAAAAGAAUCACAUUUAAUAGUCUACAUGCCCAUAUUACCCAAAGUAGCAGAGCACAGUAAACAUAGCCGUUUUUAGUGUUUGACUCGAAGGAAGUCAGCAAGUCAAGUCAGAAGUUGACUGUAUGUCUUAAAUUGCUGCAGCUCCAGUUAGAGCAUGUUUUUCUCCCUCAUGGGCACAGAGAAAAUUGGAGAACGAUUCAAUAAGGCUGGAUGGAAAAAAACUGGCUGAACAUGUGUUAUUUUUACUUUUAUUGAUGAAAUUUUCUCUUGGCGGGUCAGUGAAGAGUGAAUUCUGAAAGGACAGAAUAGGUGGCGUGGCAUUUCAGUGGCUUUCACCUGAUUCACCUUUGCUGCCUCUGCUUGCUUGUGUUCAAUUAAGUGGAUGUUACAAAUACGCCUGGUUUUCAGCCUCGUUUCGGUUGUCUUAUAGCUGGCUGUCAGCGCCGCAGACGCAUUAUUGCUCGUCCUGGCUCGCAUUAAACUGAAACACCUGCCCAGGCCUUUGUUUGGCCUUAAUAGGCCAAAUGAUCAAAUAUGACCUUUCGUCAAGCGUACAGCAACUGCACAUCCCAAUAGGAAUGUGAACAAAAGCCAUGUCUGCGAGAGCUGCCGCCAGGUGUGUAAGCGCUCUCUGAAACUGUGAAUAUUAUUCCUAAUUCUUUUCAGUCUGUGCAUCCAAGGUCACCAGCUGCUGUCUUUUUUUUUUCUUUCCAGCAGCAGCAGCUAAAACUGAAUCAAUAGGAGCUAUGAAAGAAAGACCAAUUCGCUUCCCAGACUACAGCAGUGGCUCUUGCAGAAAGCUGGCACUCUGUUUAGAAAAUAAACAUGGAUUUUAUCUAUGAAGUUAUUAAGUCCAAUGCCCACAUUCUCAUCCCUUCCCUCUGCUCGACGGCAUAAAACAGCCCCAUGGUUGUCAUUAUUGUUCUGUCUGGCUAUUGACACUCAAUUACCUUGUGCCGUUCCUCAAAUAGAGACCGUUCAAUCUGUAAAAUUCUGUUUCUGGAGUGCCGAUUGAGUGCACUGCAAAGCAAUUGGUUGAGUAAGCAGACCUUGUGUCUCAAAUAUAGAAAGCGCAGAAUGGUUUAUUGUCGUCUGCUCAACAGUUUGCUUAUAAAAGGAUUAGUUGGUAUUUUUUUUUUGGCAUUUCUGUUAACCCUCCUGCUGUCUUCAUUUACGGGCACCAAAACAUAUUGUUUCCUUGUCUGAAAAAAAUCCAAAAAUUCAACAAAAAAAUUCCCCAUAUUCUGAAAAUUUGCAAAACCUUCAAGAAGAAAAUUCCAAUAAUUCCUUAAAAAUUUCACUUAAAAGUUUUAUUUUAAAAAAUGGCAAGAACAUUCUUGUAAAUAUUUUCAAAAAAUGAGUAAAAAUCUUCCAAAAAAAUCCUAAAAAUAUCUAAAGUGAUUCCAUAUAUAUCAGUAAAACUUCUAAUAUUUUCUUAAGAACAUUCACAUAAAAAUCAACCAAAAUCCAGCGAAUUUCGCUGGAUUUUGGUUGAUUUUUUUGUGAAUGUUAUUAAAAAACAUUUUUAACAUUUCUUUUUUUUCCACCGAAAAAUGUUCAAAGAUUUCCCAAAAAUGCUGAAAAUGUGGACAUCAGAAGUUUCACUGUGAAUAUCUAUUUUUUUUCCACAUUUUCAAACUUUAAAACGAGUCAAUUUUGACCCGCAGGACGACACAGGGUUUAAAUCAUUUGGUGUCUUAUUAUGAAUUGGAGUCCAUAAGCUACCAUAUAAAACAGAAUUGCAUGCUCUCCUGUGUCACCUAAAUCUGAGACGAUUCAAAAUUGUGUCACCUCAAGGUAAUUAAAAGUGUCUGAUCUCAUUUAGUUUAGAUUAACCACAUUAUAAAUCCAUCCUCACAGUAGGAACCCACUGCAACAAGAGUCAGUACAUCUUCCAUGAAUGAGAUUUAAAUCUAUUAAUUUGUCAAUACUUUAUUCUGAUUAACAGACUAAAUUCUUCUCUGUAGAUGUUUUGAUAGUGUCAAAGUGUCAUCCCCCCCAAGACCUUUUACACUCAGGCAGCCCUGUUUUAUCACACUCCAACUUCCGUACUUCACUGUCAGGACUAUGCUUUCACUGUGCUAGUUCUGGCCAGUUUAUCUUGACUUUAUUACAGGAUUUGUUUUGGGUUAUUUAAGAAAGUUUCACAUUAUAGCUCUGUGCUUUCCUUAGUGGUGAAGAAUAUGCAACUGGGCUGUCAUAGAACUUCUGUUUUCCAUUGACAACCCAUGUGCCAAGUCUAGAAUCUUGCCUGUUGCAUUGAGCUUUUACGUUGCGGCUUGUAUUUCCAGUAUCGUCAGUGUAUGACAGGAUCGUGGAUAAAAUGACAGGCAGGAAGGGUAAAAGCGCCACCGCUCUGUUUAGCGCUGCCAACAGCAUUUGUGUGCAAAUCAAUGCUAACAAAUUUAAUGAUCAGCUAAGUGACUAAACGUCUGACAUUUCACCUGAUUAACGUCUUCAAAGGCGCAGCUAUAAUUCCAGGUAAAGUGUUUGCCUGAGGCUUUUGGGUAUUUAACAGCAGGAGGUCUCUUUCAGGUGCUUGUGGUUGGGCUUAAAUAACUGAACUCUAAAUGAUCCAUGCAGACAAUUUGAAAUGGUUUUGGAUGGUACAAAUCCCCAUGACUCACUGGUCAAAUCUCUUCAACUCGCAGCAUCACAGUACUGUAAAAGGCUUUUCCUUCUGACAGCUUCCCACCAGCCUGCUAAGAACAUUCACAACAUUUCUAUACAUGGGGGGAGGAGUGGAUAUUUAUAAAUGGCCAUCUUUUUACACACUGGAUUAUUUCUCUUUCAAGAUGGCCAUGGACGCAGUCUACAUUAGGAUGAUUUCAUAUGAACAAAACCAUUUUUUUUUAGGUUUUCACUGGAGUUUUUUAAGAUGCAUGUAUGGGUGCUUCACAUGAGGCAGAUUAACUUUACAUUCCAGUUCUUCCAAUUUGACCAAAUCUGAUUUGUCUGCGCACCCCAGUGUUUGUGUAGCAGAAACCCGGUUCUUUGUGUACAUUGCAGCAAAAAACCCAAACCUAAAUUGCAGCCUAAUGUCCCCUUGAGGCACCCAUACUGAAUUUUUAUGUGCAUAAAACUGCUAAGAUGGAGAAAAGGUAACUACUUGUAACUACCUUAACGUAGCAGACGAGCUCGACCUUCUCCCCGUCUUUGUAUCUAUUUGCUUUUAUUGUAAUUGUUCCAGAUUAAUUUCUAUGUCUAUUUUGUCUUUUAUUACAACCUCGGCGAUGUGAUAACACAACUGUUGCAUUGCCCUGGCAGCCAUUUUUACAUCUCUCUCAGAACUGCCUCUGCUCAUGCGAGUUAGAGGUUUUUUUUGCAAGUUGUCGGGCUUUGAAAAUUCGUUUUUUGUUGCAUUUUUGUGAAAUCUCGCACUGGGCUGGGCCUAAUCAACUGUUUUUAUUGUGCGUCAAGAGGAUUAUUUCUGUAUACAGUUUGUGAAAAAUGUUUUUAUUUCUCUUGACUGUUAUAAGGGGUUUUAACCUGUGGAAAAAAAACAAAGGAAAAAAAAGCUCAAAAAGAGAUAAGACCAAAUAAAAUGUAACACUCCUGA